GACGAUAGAAAAGCCAAUCAACUCAGAGAAAGGUCUCUGCCGCUGGAAGGCUGUGCUGUUGUUGCUGGCCGCACCGAUAAGGGCGUCACUGCCCUCCAACAAGUUUGUUCAUUUUAUACUUGGAAGAAAGAUGUUACCUGUGAAGAUAUAAGGGAUGCAGUUAAUAAUUCUGCACCGGGAAAGAUCAGAGCUGUAUCUGUCUCCAAGGUGUCACGUGCAUUCCAUCCAAAUUUUGCAGCGAAAUGGAGACGCUACUUUUACAUUUUCCCUCUUGAUGAUGGUGAUCAAGACCAAGAAAAUGGGGGCAUUGUGACUAGUAGCGACGAGGAUGAUGAUCGCAUGAAAGGACAGACUGAAAGCUAUGAGGUUGAUAGAUUGUCAGGUGUUUGGAAUGGUAAUGGAGAUCUCAAAUAUGAAAAGAAACCAAAAGACUUUGAUGUAAACAAGGUGAAUGAACUUCUACGCCAAUUAGAAGGGAAGUCUUUAUCGUACAAAAUAUUUGCACGGGAUACAAAAGCUUCAAGAAGCAUUGGACCACCAACAGAGUGUUUUAUGUUUCAUGCUCGUGCUGCAGAAGCCAAACUUCCUUGUAUUAACCAGGGUUGUAAAGAACUGAGGGUGAUGUGCGUGGAACUGGUUGCAAAUCGCUUCUUGCGCAAGAUGGUUAGGGUGCUUGUUGCGACGGCCAUAAGGGAAGCAGCAGCAGGUGCCAACAAUGAUGCUUUACUAAAGCUGAUGGAUGCUUCAUGCAGACGGGCCACAGCUCCUCCUGCGCCUCCAGAUGGUCUCUGUCUUGUUGACGUUGGUUAUGGAGAUUUUAUACGAGAAAAUUGUUUUAUUCAAUAAUCAAGGUAUAUGUCACAUUGGGUCUUAGGUUAAUGCGCGAUAUGCAUGAAACAAAGAAGAAUGAACUCCUAAAUUGUUUUCGUAAUGUAUCAAUAUGGGAACCGU